AUGUCACUAGAGACUCCUUCCGAUACUACGUCUUCGCAGAAUUCGGACGAUCUCAGCGAGGAGAUUUUCUAUUAUUUAGAAGAUGAACAAUUUCGACCAGCAACUCCCUUGCCGACUUUUGAUUCGCCACUCGCCGAGGCAGGAUUCGUGAGUCCUCUCGCAAAUAGAGUGCCUCCGUUUCUGCUCACUCCACCGCAAGAUUCUCCGAGAAGACCGGAUACUUCCAACUCUUCAAUCUUCUCAUUUGACACAGAACCUGUCGGGACGCUGAUAUCGAGCGAACGUCUCCGACUUCCAACAUUCAUUGUACCCGAAAAUCCGGGCUUCUUCGAUUCACAAAACGCGUCGGAAACCAAUCUGUAUACCCAAUUUCACAAUUGGAUUCAGGACUGUGCACCGAGUAAUGGCUCAUUCGAAGCCGCUGCAGCAGAGGAGGCUGAAAAGAAUCCAAGAGAAACUCUAUCCGAACCAGAUUUGCCGUCGUUGUUCAAAAGACGAGAUUACGGUUGCGGAUACUGCCGAUCGAUAGGAUACCCAAGAUGGGAGACACAUACACGCAAGAGAUGCGAUCAGCUAAAAGCCUUGGCUCCAUGCAAAAUUUGCGGAGCCAGUGGAGAAAUGAAUCAUACCGAGACAUAUUGUCCGAUGAAACCGCCCGUCUUACUCCCACUCACCAAGAGAUACCUAGAAUCAUCGAAAACUGGAGACUACAAUAGAAGCUGUGAGCACUUUUACAAGUACUCGGCAUUGAUACGUCGUAUCUACCCAUCCAGUGACGUCUUCUUUUGA